UCUCUCUCUCUCUCUCCGGGAGCAGCUGGAUGUGUGCGAGUUGAAAGCGCGAGUCCGACGAACAGGGUGCGUAUGAAAAGAUCAGGCACAUGUGACACCCAACUGACUUUGAAAACAGAAUGUCUGUGAAUGCCCCCAGCAGCAGUGAUGCCUGUUUAAACAUCGUUCACAGUUUGAUGUGUCACCGUCAGGGAGGCGAGAAUGAGAGCUUCGCCAAGCGUGCCAUCGAAAGUCUGGUGAAGAAACUCAAAGAGAAGAGAGAUGAGCUUGACUCCCUCAUCACAGCUAUCACCACCAAUGGGGUCCACCCAAGCAAGUGUGUCACCAUACAAAGAACGCUGGAUGGGCGUUUGCAGGUGGCUGGGCGUAAGGGUUUCCCCCAUGUCAUAUACGCCCGUCUGUGGCGUUGGCCGGACCUCCACAAGAAUGAACUCAAGCAUGUUAAGUUCUGUCAGUACGCGUUUGAUCUGAAGUAUGAUAACGUGUGUGUGAACCCCUACCACUAUGAGCGUGUGGUGUCACCUGGAAUAGUGGGCUUCAGUUUGCCAAACACAGGCAGGCUCAUAAAAGAGGAACACAUACAUGACUGCAUCCAGAUGGAAGGACCGUCGAGCAUGACCUUACAGCAAGAUCAUCAUCCAUCAGAUCACUACAGUCAGCCGCUGAGACUAAUGACUCCAGAGCUGCCACCGCGCACCACACCGCCAGUCACCAUCUACCCCAGCCUGCCCCUCUCCCCGACUUCAAGUGCCUCCAGGUUGUCCAUGCAGACCGAGCACUCUGAAGGACUGCUGCAGAUUGCUUCCCCUUCCGGUCGAGUCCUGACUUCCAGCUCUCCCCCUUCCACUCCAACACACAGUCACGCAUCCACACACAACCAGUGUCCCCCCAAGUCCCAGCAAACCUCUGUCAACCAGAGUGACUACAGCACCUCCAAGCACACACAGACACAGGGUUCAUACCACACACCGACUUGGACAGGGACCAACACCGCUUCUUAUACUGCUUCUGGAUCACAGCAGAAUGGGCGGAGUCAUCAGCAUGGCCCUCCUCCUCAUACCAGCCACUUCUGGUCUCAGCAUCACACACCAGCCUCCUACCCUCAACCAGUCUCAAACCAUCCAGGCCCAGAGUUCUGGUGCUCAAUCUCUUAUUUCGAGAUGGACGUGCAGGUGGGGGAGAUGUUUAAGGUUCUGGCAAAUUGCCCUGUGGUGACGGUGGAUGGAUAUGUGGACCCUUCGGGUGGGGACCGCUUCUGUUUGGGGCAGCUUAGCAAUGUUCACCGGACUGAUGCUAGCGAUAGGGCUCGGCUUCACAUUGGUAAAGGUGUUCAGCUAGAAUGCCGUGGAGAGGGAGAUGUGUGGAUGCGUUGCCUUAGUGACCACGCUGUCUUCGUGCAAAGUUACUACCUGGACAGAGAAGCAGGGAGAGCGCCUGGGGAUGCUGUUCACAAGAUUUACCCUGGGGCCCUCAUUAAGGUCUUUGAUCUUCGUCAGUGUCACAGGCAGAUGCAGCAGCAGGCAGCGACUGCGCAGGCAGCUGCAGCUGCGCAGGCUGCGGCUGUUGCCGGGAACAUCCCUGGGCCUGGCAGUGUUGGGGGAAUUGCUCCAGCCAUCAGUCUGUCGGCCGCAGCCGGAAUAGGCGUUGAUGAUCUGCGUCGCCUGUGUAUCUUACGUCUGAGUUUCGUAAAGGGCUGGGGACCCGACUACCCUCGACAGACUAUCAAGCAGACACCGUGCUGGGUAGAGGUUCAUCUGCACCGUGCCCUGCAGCUGCUGGAUGAGGUUUUGCACACUAUGCCCCUAGCUGACCCUGGAGCAGCCAACUAAACCGUAUGCUGCAGAGAGGAAGGCUGAAAGUAUACACAUUCUGUUACUAAAACAGAGAGGAAGAGAGACACGGUGCUAUGCUGACUCUUUCUCCUAAGAUACGCACCUGCACAGGCAAACACUGACUCAUAAUACCAGAAACACACAUAAGCAUUCAUGUCUUUACACAAAGUCUUUCCACAAUCUUGGCCAGCAAACUGCCUCUGAGCUGACCAGUGUUUAGUCCACUCAUGGUUGCUGUUGACUUUGUUGUCAUGGUAACUCAAACCAAGGCCCCACUGAUGAGUUGACAACGAGGGGCAACCUUCCGAUUCCUCUGAUGAAGUCAACACAGAAGUGACUUAAACUGCAAUUCAUCGAUUGGCCGCUAGAGGCUGACUCUAAAAGGGAAAAAAUUCCCAUAGACCCCCAUGUUAAAAUGCCCAAAUUUACAGCAGGAAAUUAUAUGUUUACAGUCUGGUACAAAAAGCGUUUUUGGGUCUAAAUAGCUAAGUUUGCCCUUCCUGACAACUGUGAGGGGGGCGAAUAUUUUUUAUGUAUCGUUUAAAUUAUAUUAAGCCUUAAAGUUUUGCAUAAUUAAGGGCGUGGCCACUUGAGUGACGGGUGAACUGCACUGCUGUCACUAGAAUCGAGCUAGACGGGCGUUGUUUCAGCAACCAGCCACCUCCUCUUUACCCAUUUUUGGUUAUCCGCAAGUGAUUCGCUGUGAUGCGCGGCCUAGGCGGCUGACGGCUGGCACCGCCUACUAUUGGCUUCAAAAAAGCUCUUCACAAACCUAUGGGUGACGUCACGGACACUACGUCGAUCUUUUUUACAGUCUUUGGUUUACACUAAUAGAGGUCUAAAAGAAGAUGAAGUUUUUCAUGCAAAUAUGAAAAUUAUCACAUGAUUUACUCACUCCCGUGCUAUCCCAGAUGUUUAUGACUUUCUUUUUUUAUGUUUGAAACAAACACAUUUUUAUUAAAAUGUCAUGUUAUCUUCUUACACAGGAGCCAACAUGGCGAAGCUCCAAAAAUCAUAUCCAUCCAUCAUUAAAGCAAUCCAAAUGACACCAGUUGGUUAAUAAAUGUCGUCUUAAGCAAAAUGUCUUUGUGACUAGUUGUCCACAUGCACUGUCACUAGAAUUUGUCAUUGAUGCACUACCAUAUUUGAACCUACUGCCAUGGAAAUGCUUAAUAACCUCAAAAUAUUUAUUGUUUAUUAUUAAGCUUCACAAACAAAUAUUUUUGCUUUACGAAGACAUAUAUUAACAAGGGGUGGGCAAAAAAAUAGAUUUUUCGAUAAAUCGUUUUUUAAAACGUGGUCGAUUAAAAAUCGAUUCUCAAAGAGCAGAAUCGAUUUUUUUCAUAUUUAUUUCCGCAAACAUUGAACGGAGGAAUGGAAGCAUUUUAGAUUUUGCAAGCAAGACGUGUUGUGGCUUUUAAUUUCUUUUUAUUAAUUACCCACUUGUAAACUGCUGUUCACUGUUCUUUUUUAUUAAUAUAGUAUUUGUAUUAAAUCUAUAUUCAUUAAGUUGAAUAGAGAAUCGAGUAUAAAAACCUACCCGGAAUCGAAAAUUUAAUCGAGAAUCGGAAUCGAACCGAUUUGAUAGCUUGUGAAUCGAAAUCGAAUCGAUCUGGAACAUCUGAAUCGAUACCCAGCCCUAAUAUUAACCCUUUGAGUCAUUUAGAUUACUUUGUAAUUGAUGUACCGGUAUGUGCUUCAGCAUUCAUCACCUCAUAGAAAAAGGUCAUGUGAAAGUAUCAGAUUGUGUUUAACUAAAGAAAAAAAUUCAUUUACAUCUGGGCUGACAUGAGGGUGAGGAAAUUAUAAAAAAACUUCAUAUUUAGAGAGUCAGGCUUUAACCGGUUCAAGUCUCACAGCCUGCAGGUUGCGACUGGUGUUCCCUCUUCAGCAAGGCACCCGUCUCCCAAUGCUCCUCGGGCAAUGCAGUGAUAGAUGCCCACUGCUCCAGGUGGGUGGGUGUCUGCGGCAUGUGUUCACUAUUCACUGGAUCGGUUAAAUGCAGAGGUCACAUUCAAAGUAUGGGUUAUCAUCACUUUCAAAAUGAGGUCAUAGUAUUAGUAAAAAUUUACUAGUUUUAAUUAAAAGGCACAUAAUUUUAUGUUUUUAACAAUCUACUAUAUUUUUAUAUCUGUCAGACCAAAGAGAAAACAGGGAAACACCCUGCACAGGUGUCCAAUGCAUCACAGGGCGAUCAAAGAAUCUGUAGCUAAUAUGAAUUUGUUAUGAAUACCAUAAUUAUUUAUGAUUCAGUGAUAAUGUUUUUUGUCUGGAUUUUCGUCUGCUGAGCUAUUAGUGAUAUACAAACAGUACAGUUUGUGCUACAACAUUUUGACACUUCAAUGAUUGAUGAGGACAACUACCGGUUAUUUAAGGUAUUACAGUCACUCAGACAUAUGGGUUCACAUUCAUAAAUGCAUAUUCAAAUUUUAAGAAGUUGUUUUAUUAUACCAAAUUUAAGGAAUUAAGUGGCAUCUUUCUGCUUUGUGAACCAUGACAAAAUUACAACGGAGUAUUCUUUCUGAAAUGAGUGAAAAAGCACAUUUUAAUAUCAAUUUAAAUCUUCGGCCAAAACUGAACUAUGUAUAACAAACACCAUGUGACAUGUUUUAAAAAAUGUAACAAAUACCUUGCUUUAAUGUACUUUUCAGUGUAAUCUGAUCUGACGUCUGCGCAAAAUUGUAUGUUGCUUUGUUGUAUGUCUUAAAUUAUUUUCAUAAUUUAAUCAAUGUUUUCUGUUCUUUACACACAUAUGUAUCCCACCAAGACUUUAAAGUUCAAACAUGAUAUUUUUUCAUGGUUUUUAUUGUCUUUAAUACCAAAGAUAGUGUCCUGAAAUAAAGUCUUUCU